GAUGAACCAACAGUGGAUCAUUCUACUUUUAGUAGGGUGUGCUGUUGCCGCGCCGUGGCCAUGGUCCAAACUUGAGCCRAAACGCGAAAUAACUGACGAAGAAAAACGAGAAAUCAGGAUUCGAGGAAUACUCACAGACCCUAAUGCACCUGCAGAAGCUAAAAUUGAGGCUGUUAACGAAGAGAAUGACCUACAAUUGUCUUUCGGAGAUUUAAAACUAACACCUGAACAACAAGUCGAAAUAAAGGAAGGUCAAAGCAAUAAUCUCGACAAACGAAGYGCAACACACUUUAGUGUCGACUUCUUAUGGGCACGUAGGACUGUCCCAUAUGUUCUUCAUGGUGACUUAGCCAGCGAAAAGGUCACUCUAAUUCGACAAGCAUUUGAAAUAUUCCACAACCAAAGUUGCGUCAAAUUUGUUGAACGAACAACUGAACCGUACUAUCUUUACUUUCAAAAUCUAACUGGCUGUUGGUCAUAUGUGGGUUUUACCAAUGAUGCAAGGGGAUAUCAGGAGGUCUCCAUUGGUGAUGGYUGUGAACAUCUUGGUGUGAUUAUACACGAGAUAUUGCAUGCGCUGGGUUUCUGGCACGAGCAAUCUCGUCCUGAUCGUGAUUCGACUGUGGAAAUAUUAUGGGAGAAUAUCAAGCCGGCAUUUGAGAAUAACUUUAAAAAACUGGAUAAAUCACAAGCCAAUGAACCAACGAAUUACGAUACAAGUUCCAUUUUGCACUAUGCGAAUUAUGCAUUCAGCAAAAAUGGAAAAAAGACGAUCCAAGACAUAAACAAUCCUGCAAAGGUUUUAGGACAAAAAGAUCGCAUGAGUGAUUCGGAUGUUAUCGCUCUUGACCUGCUAUACAGCUGUAACGUUACUGAUGGCGGUUGGAGUAUGUGGACACAAUACGGACCAUGCAGCGAUGACUGCAAAAAAAUCAGGAACAGAUUCUGUACCAAUGCCCAAAGCAGUGCUGCUUGUGAUGCUAAUCAUCAAGACGGCAGACAGAAGCAGAUUACAGUUUGCCCUGACAGUGAAUGUUAUAAACCUGUAGACGGUCAUUGGGGAAAAUGGACUACAUGGGGUAAUUGUAGCAAAACUUGUGGUCUUGGGACGAAGACCAGAACAAGGGAAUGUAACGAUCCAGCGCCAAAACAUAACGGAAAGAAUUGUCCUGGCUCUAACACAGAAACCGGCGAGUGUCAGCUCAAGGAAUGUGGUGCAGGGCCCUGUGACUGUGGAUUUGACGAUAAUGAUCAUAAAUUCUGUGGAUGGGUUCAAGAUCCAGAUGAUGACAAACCCACAUAUAAAGAUUUUAAGAGAGGUGGGGCAACGCCUAGCGGUAACACAGGACCCCAGAACGGCGAUCAUACAUCAGGAAAUGGCAUGUUCAUAUACAGUGAAGCGUCUGAUUGUAUUCACACCACUGGUAAGUUUGUCAGACUCCUCAGUACAWUGUUUCCAGCUACAGGAUCCAGUGGUCGCUGUUUCUCUUUAUGGUACUACGGCUUUGGGGCUACACUGGGCGAUUUCAACGUAUACGUGAAAACUGGCUCUGGGGAGACCAGAAUAGGUGGUUUCACAGCCACUGAAUUAAGAGCACAGAGURAUGACAAAAAAUGGAAGCAGGCCAAGUAUCACUUUACUUCAGACCAGCAAUACAAGAUUGUGUUGGAGUCGAAGUGCGGUCUCGAUUACAGGGCGGAUCUAGCUAUAGACGAUACCAAAUUUACCGAUGGUGUCUGUGCCUAAGUAACGAUACUUAAAACAAGACAAUCAACUGAACUAUGGACCAUGUCGAUGAUUUCAAGGAUAAAUUAAGUGAUAAUUGGAUAAAAUACACAUCACAAAUGAAGCAAGUCCUGGUGACUUAAAAUAGAGUUUAAAAUAAACCACGAGCAUUGAAAACAA